CGACGGUUGGAAGACAGCCAGUGCUUGUGUUUCUGUGUGCUCAGUCGGUGUUUCUUGGACUCCCAGGACUACCCGGGCAUGGGAGAAUCGGAAUUUGUCUGAACGCGUCCAGUUCUUCACCCCGUUCACGAUGUCUUCGCUCGCCGCCCAGUUGUCGCAGAUUGCGGCACAGUCGACCAACGAGCUCGACCUCAAGGCGCAGAGAAUUGCUCAUUCAAAAUCACUCAUAUUCGAGCAGAAGAUUGCUACGUCGCAAGAUUUUGAUACCCUGUACCAGAUCUGCUACGAAGGGUUCCAGGAGCUCUGUGCGUUGGAUCCCCGAUAUGUGCCGUUCAACAAGACCAUCUUCAGCGAACAGAGCAAGGCAGAAGACCGGACACAAAUGAGUGCUGCCCAGAACCAAGAGCUGGAUGUUGUGAUCGAGUCGUUCCUGUCGCUAGUGGGUGAAAGAUUGCAGUUGACGCCUGCCGUCAAGGCUGUCGAAUGGCUGAUUCGGCGGUUCCGGAUCCACGAGUAUAACACGGGGUUUGUGACCCUCACGUUCCUUCCCUACCACGAUUCCAAGCUGUUCCUAAAUCUCUUGUCGAUCUUGCCGGACGAUCUUACCCCGACCUUCAAGGCUCUUGCUCCGUACAAGCGAGGCUUAAUCAACCCGCCUCGGCACCCCCUCAUCCACAGUGUAUCGACAAAUAAACAGUUCUUCGCAGCUCUGAAUAACUAUGUGCUCCAAGUCUGUCGACAGCAGGCCCACCACCACGCGCUUAUCGCCUUUUGGGCUACGGUGAUGACGGAGGCGGUUGCCGGGAUGCUCGAUGCGGCCCGCUCUGGUCGUAGAGAGGCGGAGAAGGCAAAACACGAGGAUAUUCUGCUGCGUGUGCUCCCCAUUCUGAGUGAGGGAUUCACCAUCAAGACUGCUUCGGAGUUGAUCGUUGGCUGCUACAUGAUCACCGUCGUGCUGGCGCAAAACGCCUCGCUGGAGGACCAUGUUCUUGACACCCUAAUGGAAGCAGUUGUUGGAUCGUGGACAGAAGAGACGGUCAACUCUGGCCUCAUCUGCGUUGCUGUCUUGGCGCAGCGGAAGCCAGACGCAAGAUUGCCCAAGAAGGUGUUCAAAGCAGUUCUCAAGUUGCGCAACGGAAUUCAGCAGCUUUCUCAGAUCUCCACUGAGUACCAGACGUCGCAUUUGCUCCUGGGGCUCGUGGCAGGAUGUAUGGCGGACAUCUCCAAGCAGAGUGACACGGCGCGCCAAGAGCUCAUCUCUUCCAUUUUCAACAACGGGUUACUCCAAGAGCAACAGAUGGGGCAGGGAAUGGCUAUUGUUCUUCGAACAGCAGGUGAUGCUCACAAGGCUGGUGGGCUGUCUUUGGAGGUUCAGACCUAUCUCGCGGAGUUGAUUGAUAACUUUGGUCGAUCGGAAUCGCUGAAAUCUAUCUUCCAAAAAACCCUCGAAGAAUCUUCUCUUGACGUUACGGCGAUUGAGCAGAAUCUGCAGACCGUCAUUGAAGCCGUCCCGACCACUCGUGCCAUUGAAGAUGUCGAAAUGGAGGACGUCGAAGAAGAGAAAGAACAGCCAGAUACGUUCACGCCGGCUUUCGAAUCCCUCAGUAGCGAGAAGCUUUUUAAGGGAUCAUUCCUUAGCGCUCAGUCAGUUCCCGGAUUCGACAAAGCUGUUCAAACAUUCGCUCUGGCUGUGGGCUUCCAGGAUCGGAUAGACAAGUUCACUGACCUCAAAGUACUGGGCAAGUCGGAGGCGACACAAGCACCUCAAUUUCUGUCCUUUUUCAUUCGCGUAUUCUCCACCCCUUACCCCAUUGGCACUCGUGCUGCUGCCCUCGGUGUCAUCUCUUCAUAUCUCUCUACCUGCCCGGCGACAAUUGAUCCCCAGGCCCUAUUGCCGUUCGUGUUUGCUACACUGGCAGAUUCUUCUGAGAGAAUCCGCCGGGAAUCUGCUGGUCUACUUGCCAUUAUUGCUCGUCUGUUCAAGAAAACCAAAAAGGACGACAGCCAAGGAAAGCCAUGGGCCCAUGAUUCUCUCUAUGGGCCAGAGGCUUCAAAGCACAUUUCCUGGCUUCCCACCCGUGACAUGCAGAAAAUUCUCGAACGCGUUCUGCUCCCUGGUCUUGAAGAGUGUAUCUUUGAUCCCGAACAGAUUGGAAAGGUCUUGGAAAAGACCCUCAAGGGAGUCACGGAUGACCCAAGCUCUGGCGAUAUCAAGAAACCCCUACGACUCAGUUUCUUCACGUUCCUCUGCUCGCAUGCUGUGCAUGUGCCACUGUACAAUGUGAAACUGGCCAUCUUGAAACAGCUGAACCGCGUCGACAAGGCGGGAGGAACCACGCGUACCAAGGCUUUGCAACCAUUGCUCGAGCAGUGGCGCAAAUUCAACGAUAACGAGGUUAAGGAGAUCUGUGAAAGAGAGCGUCUUUCUGCUUCGGAGGUCGAACAGGCGAUCGUCUCGGUGGUCACUCCCAAGGAGAAGGAUGCUUUCAACAUCCUACUCUCUAACGUGGGCCCUGGCUCAGAAGUCUCGAGAGUGUCUUUUAUCUCUGCAGUGUUCAAUCGCGUGAAGGAAAUAUGGCCGAAGAUCCCUGAGGAUCGACAGCUUUUCGCAUCGGAAGCGCUUUUGGAUAUUUCCUUGGGCAUGACUGCUGGCACGUCGGCUCUCAUUGACUACACCAAGGAUGUUUUGCGUAGUGUUGUACUGCCGGGCAGCAUCUUGCACUCCUUCAUCCAGAAAAUUCCUGUCUCGCUUACCGACGUAGAAGCUCUGGGACCUGCUCCCAAGAGGCGACGCACCAGCCAGAACAACAUGGUUGCAAUGACGGUCAAGGAUGAGACUGAACUGAACAGACUGCUGGAGAAGAUGACUUUUAUCCUGGAACUCAUCGACGGCUCAUCUCCCGAAUCCCACCCGCAACUGGCUGACGGCUUGUUCCAGACCCUGGCCGCCCUGCAGCACUUCAAGUCUCAGAUCCAGUCUGGCAUGAGCUACCUGCUAAGCCUGGCUCUUGGAAGCCUCUUGGCCAUUGUGAACAGGUCCAAGGGCCUCCACAAGCCACAGUUUGACAUCUCUGUCAUCCGGGCGGAUCUGGUCGUGGACUGCGUUCGGACGACUGAGAGUCCGCAGGUGCAGAAUGUUGCCCUUCUCCUCGUGGCUGGGCUGUCGGUCAUUGCUCCUGAACUGGUUCUCCAUAGCGUGAUGCCGAUCUUCACAUUCAUGGGGUCCAACGUUCUGAGGAAGGACGACGAUUACUCCGUCUCGGUCAUUGACCAGACCAUCGAUCAGGUGGUGCCCGCCCUCAUCCAGUCGCUGCGCAGCCAGAAGCGUGAUGUGGUAUCCGGCACGUCCGAGCUGCUGCUCAGCUUUACUGCUGCCUUUGAGCAUAUUCCCUCACACCGGCGUCUGCGGCUAUUCCACGCUCUUAUCACGAAGCUGGGUACGCAGGACUUCCUCUUUGCGGUUCUGGCCAUGCUGGCCAACCGGUAUGCCAUGGACAAGGAUGUUUUGACGAUGAUGACUGGCCUGGUCUCCGACCCGGAUGUUCCGACCGAGCUCACUACCUACAGCAAGUACCUUGAUCUGGUGACGGAUGCUUUCCAACAAAAGCCCAGUAUUUCACAGGUCCUGCUCGGCAUCGGUAGUGACGAUGGCCGGGAGCCGCAGAAGGUUGCUGUGGACCUGCUACGUGCAUUGGCCCAUCUCCUCAAACACUCGUCACUCAAGUCUAAGAUGGCCAAGGCCUUUGAUUCUGCGGACGAGGCCGAGGCCGGCGAGAUCCGUAACCUCUUCUCUCGGAUCCUUGAGCAGGUUUUGAACAUCGGUGAAUCCGUGCAGAGCAUGAAGCCCGUGAGCCAGGCGUGUGGUGAUGUCCUCAGUGCUCUGUUCGGAACUCUCUCGCUCAUUGACUUCUUGGAUACGAUCGAGGUGUUGCUUGAGCGGCCCAACGAUGAGCUUCGUCGCAAAGUGCUCCGCUUGUUGGAGACGAGACUGCGCCAGAGCCCUGAACGGGACGGCCCGUCCCAGACGAGAAUCCUCGACUUCUUGCCGACACUGGUCCACAUCGUACAGUCUUCGCCGGACAUCUUGCUCAAGCAUGCUGCCGUUGCUUGCAUCGACCGCAUUGCCGAGCAGUAUGGACGCAAAGAUCCUUCCAAGGUCAUGGAUGCCGCUCAGGUUGUUGCCGGGGAGGCUUGCAUUGGCCAGGAAGACGAUCGAAUCCGUGUCAUGGGCGUUCUGUGCCUGGCUUCCAUGGCUGAGGUCCUAGGCCAUGCAAUGAUCCCCGCCCUGCCCGACACGCUCGAACGGUCUCUUCACCUGCUUAGUCUCAGUUUGGAAGGAGAAGAAGGACAGGCCAACUCCAAGCUACACGACGCCGUUUUCUCCCUGUUUUCCUCCCUGUUUGUCAAUCUGCCGACCAUGGUCUCCGGGACGUAUCUCGACCGGAUCCUUCUUGCCUCGUUCAAAUCUGCCGCGAGCGAUAUUGACGAGAGCAGCGAUGAAACCCGACUGGAUGCCCUGAAGGUGAUGGCUCGAAAGGUGGACAUGAGCGCCACGCUGGGCGCGAUCGACCGCAACUGGCAGCAUGCAGUGGAGGCCGGCCCCGCGGCGACCCAGGAAGCGCUGGAAGUCAUCAACAUCGCGAUCGACAAGCAUCCUAAGUCCGCGACGGUCAAGAACGUGAACUUGCUGACGAGCGUGCUCUUCAAGGCGCUGGAUCUGCGUCGGGAACAGAUAUCGCAGGGUUCGCGGGCCGUGUUUGAGCUGGACGAGCUAGACGAGGUCGAAGAGACGGUGAACGGGGUGGCGAUCAAGAUGAUCUACAAGCUCAACGACACGCUCUUCCGGCCCAUAUUUGUCAAGAUGAUCGAUUGGGCGACUGCCGGCCUGCCAAAGAAGGACACACAGGGCCGAACGCUUCGGCUGACGACGUUUUACAAAUUCCUGCAGGUCUUCUUCGGGACUCUCAAGUCCAUUGUCACCGGCUACGCAAGCUACAUUCUCGAGCACACCGUUGCGGUUCUCAACCAGGCCAGCCCGUUCGAUAAGACCUCGAAGCCUCUCUGGGUGGCCACGAUGCGCAUGCUGCGUAAUGCGUUUGAACACGACCAGGAUGAAUUCUGGCAAUCUCCCUCGCAUCUGGUACAGAUCUCGAAACCCCUGAUCUCGCAGUUGGCACACGCGACGACGAGCUCGAUGGCGGCACUGGUGAUUGAGGAGGCGGUGCCGGCGAUCACGGAGCUGGCCACGGCCGCCGACUCGACGGACAACCACAAGGAACUCAACUCUGUUCUGAUGAAGUUCCUGCGCCCAUCAUCGUCUGGCAAGGCAUCGGCCGGCGGGGAUAACCCGCACACACGCCUUGCAGCCCUCAAGACGGAACAAGCGCUGACCGAGCAAUUGGGCGAGGAGUGGCUGGCUCUACUGCCGGAGAUGCUACCGUACAUCAGCGAGUUGUUGGAGGACGAAGACGAGAGCGUGGAGCGCGAGGUGCGGCGGUGGGUGAAGCAGAUCGAGGAGGUUCUGGGAGAGAAGCUGGACGAUAUGUUGACUUGAGAACACAAAUUUUGGUCCUACAAAAAGCGUAUAUAGAUAUUUCCAUAUUGAACUUACCAUUCCAAGCAUCCAGUAGCUUACCUACUUAGUACACCUCAC